AAGAACAUCUUGUAAAACACAUUCUCAGUAUCUUAAUACAUACUGUUCAACUUGCCGACAUUGGUAUUGUUCAAAUAACCGAAUCGGCUCCCAUGUCACUAAUAGAGCAAGCAACAUCAUCUGCUGCUGUAACUGCCGUAACCAAACAAACAAGCGAACAAUCAAUAAUUGAACCUCAAAAAAAAGAUACUCAACCUGAAAAAAUACAAAAAAUAAUUGGAAUUUGUAAAAUUCAUGACCAUGCUAAAUUAACAUGCGAUAAUUGCCCAGAAACUUUUUGUAAAUAUUGCGAUUUCUCCAAAAAUAAGAAAUUUAGGGAAACAAUUAAAAACAUUGAAUCCGGAACAUCAAGCAACCAUUCAGUCGUCGCUGCAAGGCAAGUUCAGCAACACACAAGUAGUCAGCCAGAAAGUCAAGCAGUAAAAACAGAAGAAUCAAUAAGGUUUCCUGCAGAACGUAAUCUCUUUUAUCACUACCAAUAUUCACCAAGACAAAUAACAGCUGGCUCAACAAAUAACUUCCUUGGCAUUCCUAGGAAAACAGCAACUGUCUUUCUAAAUAACCAUUCAUUCUCAGGCAACCAGCCACUACAAGUCAUUGACGUUAGGCCAGAGAGUCAAGAAGAAUUAAGUGAUUCAACAUG